AUGGCAUCACUCAAGUCUCUUAGCUCCCCAGCAGCACUGCUUCUCUUGCUCAUUGCACUUGCAGUGCAGACUCAACUGGCUCACUCGCAGAUAUGCACAUCCCAGCUCAACAGCCUGAAUGUCUGUGCACCAUUUGUGGUGCCUGGUGCACCGAACACCAACCCUAGUACUGAUUGUUGUAAUGCACUUGGUGCAGUGCAACAUGACUGCCUCUGCAGCACUCUCCAGAUUGCGGCUCGCCUCCCUUCUCAAUGCAAUCUUCCACCUAUCACUUGCGAUGAUGAUUGUAGUUCAAGAACUGUGAUCGUUUUGCCAGUUGUGAUUUCUGUUGGAGUCAAGGAGUAG